UUGCCAGGUGGUUUCUGUAAAGCAAUGUUAAAUAUUGACAUUUGCAAACCGGCGUCACGCGUAAGAUUUUAUAUUUUAUAAAACUGCAUCAGAUCAUUUUUUUAAAAGUAUCCGUGUUUAGAAAGGUAGUUAUAAGGAGGAAACUUGUGUAAAAUAUUUCGUAACAUGGGAGGUUUGUUUUCGAGUGACACUGAAAGUGAACAUGACAGUCACAGUUACAGUUCAGUUAGAUCGUAUGAACCACCUGCGCCUCCGCCUGCGCCUCCUUGUCCUUUUACAAGUAACCCAUGGAGAACAACACCGGCAUGGAGUGAAGACAGUGAAUCGUCACUUCGUGAACAAAUAAAAAAAAUACAACCGAAAUGGAAACCUACUUUCAUAUUAGUUGGACCUGUUGGAGCGGGAAAGUCUUCAUUUGUUAAUGCAAUACUAUCUGUUUCUAAAGGACAUAAGGUUGAUCGUGCUGCAACUGAAAGGGGGAGCAAAAGUUGUACAACUACUUAUGACAAAUACACAGAUAAAUCCUUACUAGAUAAAUUUCGUCUAAGGGAUUGCAUGGGGUUAGAACAAAGUGCUGAGGAAGGAUUUAAUAUCGCGGACAUGGUUGCUCUUCUUAAAGGGCAUGUUAAGGAUGGUUAUACGUUUAACCCAAGAAAUCCAAUUUCACCAGAACAUAACCACUGGCGUGCUAAUCCAAAGUUCGAGCAUCAAACCCAUUGUGUCGUUUUUGUAGUUGAUGCUAAUGUCAUGCACAUAAAUAUUCCUCAAGCCUAUGUCAGGAAAAUAAGAGAACUACAAGAUGCCGUGAAGCGAUUACGUGUGCCACGUGUUUUGAUCUUGACAAAAGCUGACGUUCUUUGCAAAGAGGUUCAUGAUAACAUUACAAACAUGUUCCGAAGCGUUAAGGUAAGAGAAGCUGUUAAAAAUGCAGGCGAAAUAUUUAACAUUCCUGAAGCCUCCAUUCAUCCAGUUACGAAUUAUGAAGAUGAAGAUGCUAUUGAAAUCAGUUGGAAAAGGAAUAUACCACUUCUCAUCGCCUUAAGACAAAUUACACAGUAUGCAAAUGACAUGAUUGAGGAUGUCCUCGAGCAUAGCGAUAGUGACUAAACAUUAGUCGUGGCGUGAAUGACUUUUGUAUCUUUUUGAACUUCCUUCUUUAACUUUAUAUAGUAGUGGAUUACUAAACAAAUUUAUUUCUUUGCUACGGUACUAAAUUACUUUGCUGAAUGUUAAUGUUAGAAUCUUUCAUUUAUCUGUAUAAUACAUAGUCAUUUUUACUCUCAAUGGUCAUUUAAUAUGUAUUGUACAUUAUUUUGUUAUGUUAACUACUACAUUGAUAACAUAGUAAAUCAUACAGUCUCUCUACUUGUAAUAUAGUUGGUGAGCGAACAGCAUGGAUCCUGAUCAGACUGUGCGGAUGCGCAGGCUGGUCUGGAUCCAUGCUGGUCGCAAACACACUAUGUUGGUUUUGUCGUGACGCGACUCAAAUCAUGAAAUAAGAUACAUAUCUAAUUUUAAAAAGUUGAAUUUUUAUUUGUAUGUUUUAUGAGUUGUCAUUAUAGAUAUCGUUACAUUUCUGAACUACAAACAAAGUUAGCUUUUCGUUAAUUGAAGAUAUGUUGAAUGUGUAGAUGUGUAGAUCAAUGAUGACCCAAUGUUUUAAUAAAUAACAACAUAUGGUCUACGUGAGCCUAUUAAAUAUGCUUUUGAUUGAAUAUGUUGUUGUUUCCAUGUGUCAUAUUAAACGUAACAGCUGAUAACAACUAAAUUUAUGGUAAAUACAUUGUUUUCAAUGUAGUACCGCUAGCUAACAUGUAUACUCUUUUUAAAGAGGAUUGUUAUACACUGGGCAAAUUUUCCACAAGUAUUUUAAAUAUUGUGAAAUAACUUUAUCAAUAUUUUCUUUCCAAGUAAUAGUUCAUAAGAAUAUUUAUAUGGGAUAUGUUUAUCAAUAUUUGAAAUACUUAAUAUGGAAAAUGUGUCCAUUGCAAGCCAAUCCAUUUUAACUGAAAACAAUGAAAUUGGGUGCAUUUUGAUCAAAUCUUAUCACUUGAACAAGACGUGAAAUCGUUUUGAUAAUGUUUUAUUUCGAGGAAUUUGGAUGAUAUGUUAAUGAAUUGAGGUCUAAAUGGAACUAACACUUAUCCUAAAAUUUUCGAAAAAUAAAAAAGGAAUUAUGUCCAAAUUUAAAUGGAAAAUUCAAUUUCUAAAGCGUUAUUAAUCGAAUAAACACUUUAUAUUUUUGUGUUAUUUGGCAUAAUUAAAAUGAUUAUUCUGAUAAGAAAGUUGAAAUCUUGAAAGCGAACCAUUGAUCCGGAGCUGCAUGAAAUGGCACACAUUUUGUAAAAAAGCAUUAUAAGUACUAUCAUUUCAAACACAAUCUCAAUGGAGUUCCUUAUAUACCCUUUAUAAAAUUUUAGUCUGCAUGUUUCUAUUUAAAAAAUAGUUUUGUUCAAAAAUAAACUUCUAUUAAU